AUGGAAUACGAGACAAAGAUUCCUGGGUACUCGACGGGCGACCCGACAUCGUUUGCCUACCCCACAGCCAGACAACGAUGGCCCGUUAUCCUGACACAAAUUAUCGACGACGCCUACCGAUCCGUCUCCCACUGCGAUGACGCCGAGAAGAGCGCAGAGGGCAAGAGAAUCGUCGAGGAGCUGGCCAAGCUCAAGUACGAGGUCCAGCACGAUCGGGCACUAGCGCCAAUUCGAGACGAUGGCAACGAAGAUGUGGCCAUCUACAACAAUCAGCUCGAACAGCUGGGCAACCCCACCUGGCUGAACGUGCCAUGGCUGUACUCCGAAUGCUACAUGUUCCGACGGGUCAACACAUCGUUCAGCCUGUCCACCCACUGGAAGAACUACGACGUGUUCGCCCGCCAGAAGAUCAAGACGUUCCGCUCGUCGCGCCCCGCCGUCCUCGAGCUUGCGGCCCGGUACAAGGACCUCGUCGGCCAGCUCCGCGCCAGCAAGGACAAGAAGCUCGACGAAGAGGCUGAGAAGAUCCUGUUCAUGGAGAUGUGCGAGAUCUGUCUCUGGGGGAAUGCCACGGACCUGUCGCUCCUGACGAACCUGACGUACGAGGACAUCCAGAAGCUGCAGGGGUCCGAAGCGCGCAAGACGGCCGAGAAGAACAUCCUGGUCAACGACCUCGCGGCCGCGUACGACCUGCUGCUGGCGGCCAAGAAGGACGGGCCCAAGAAGGAGCGCCGCGUCGACAUUGUGCUAGACAAUGCCGGCUUCGAGCUCUACGUCGACCUCAUCUUGGCCGGCUACCUGUUGUCGGCCGGCCUCGCCACCACUGUCGUGCUCCACCCAAAGUCGAUCCCCUGGUUCGUGUCCGACGUGGUCCCGGCCGACUUCGGCGCCCUCCUUUCGGCCAUCGCUGGCCCGCGCCACUUCUACGAGACGCCUUCCGAGGAGGACUUGCUUCAGGACAAGACGCCCGAGCCGCUAACCGACGCCGAGGCCGACGAGCUGUCGUUCCUCUUCCAGGAAUGGAGCGGCUUCCAUGGCCAAGGCCAGCUCGUGCUCCGGCCCAACCGCGUCUGGACGUACCCUGGCAGCUACUGGAGGCUGCCGCACGAAGCCCCAGACUUGGUUGAGGACCUCAAGGAGAGCGAGCUGGUCAUCUUCAAGGGCGACUUGAACUAUAGAAAGCUCGUAGGCGAUGCAAGCUGGGACCCAACAACCGCCUUCACCGAGGCCAUCGGACCGCUUGGCCCUGGCUCGGGACUCAACAUCCUAGCCCUGAGAACCUGCAAGGGCGAUGUCGUGGUUGGCCUGAAGCCCGGUGAGGACGAGAAGCUGCGCCAGACGGAGGGUGGAGGCGGCGACUCUGGGGCGAGAAAAUGGGCGUGGAACGGUAAAUGGGCGGUUGUCUCUUUUUCCAAGGGGUCUUGA